UCACCGCCGCAGCAGCAAUACCAACAACAACAACAGCCACCUCAACAGCAGUACCAGCAGCAACAGCAACAACAGCAGCAGUAUCAGCAGCAACAGCAGCAGCCACCAAAUCCGCAGUCACCCGAUCAGGGUCACCCUCGUGGAGCUCAAGAAUUCGGUGGUGAACAAGCUAGAGAUGCAGAGCAUAUAAAGGAACAUUUGGACGGCAAAGUUGAUCCGACAGCCAAUAUGACGCCAGAGCAGCUGCAGUUCCAUUAUUUCAAUCUUCAUGAUUUGGAUAAGAAUGGAAAGCUAGAUGGUACAGAACUGAUAAAAGCAAUUACCCACUUCCAUGCUGAAAACCCAGCUCCACAAUAUAAAAAUUCAAACGUGCCUCCACCUUUGCCGAACGAAGCUGAACUAGAACAGAUGAUUGAUUCAAUAUUAAAGGAAGAUGAUUUCAAUGUUGAUGGAUACAUUGAUUACAGUGAAUUUGUGAAGGCGCAGAAACAAAGAGAAGAGCAGCACCGUGCUGCGCAGCAUCAUUAA